UUCUUGUUUAACUUCUUAAUGGAAGCUAACUUUAUGGUUUCUGUUCCAUUGAUGUUGCUAAAUAUUAUUACUCCUUUUGUUUUACUUUCUCUCCAUGCUAAAGCUGAAAGUUCCACCUAUAUAGUCCACAUGGACAAAUCCCUCAUGCCUCAAGUCUUCACAACCCAUCAAAAUUGGUAUGAAUCAACUCUUCAAUCCACAAAUUCAGAAGUUGACCAAUCAAAAAAAUUAUUGUACACUUACAAUCAUGCCAUGCAUGGAUUCAGUGCAGUGCUAUCAUCAAAUGACUUAAACACCCUUAAAAAAUCUCAUGGUUUUGUCUCAGCAUACCCUGACCGAACAGCCACAAUAGACACAACACAUACCUUUGAGUUUCUUUCAUUAGACCCUUCAAAAGGGUUAUGGAAUGCAUCAAAUUUAGGUGAAGGUGUUAUUGUUGGUGUUAUUGACACAGGUGUUUGGCCUGAAAGUGAAAGCUUUAAAGACAUUGGAAUGACAAAAAACAUCCCAACAAAAUGGAAAGGAACAUGUGAAACAGGACAAGACUUCAACACUUCAAUGUGUAACUUGAAAUUAAUUGGAGCUAGAUAUUUCAACAAAGGUGUAAUUGCUUCAAAAAAACCAAAUGUGAAAAUCAGCAUGAAUUCAGCUAGAGACACACAAGGACAUGGUAGUCACACAUCAUCAACUGUUGCUGGAAACUAUGUUAAAGAUGCAUCUUUUUUUGGUUAUGCAAAAGGUGUUGCAAGAGGGAUUGCACCAAGAGCUAGAAUUUCAAUGUAUAAAGUUCUUUGGGAUGAGGGUCGUCAAGCUUCUGAUGUUCUUGCAGGAAUGGACCAAGCUAUUGAUGAUGGCGUUGAUGUUAUUUCAAUCUCCUUGGGAUUUGAUAGUGUUCCACUUUAUGAGGAUCCAGUUGCAAUAGCUUCUUUUGCAGCUAUGGAAAAGGGUGUUGUUGUUUCAUCUUCUGCUGGAAAUGAAGGUCCAAAACUUGGUACUUUGCACAAUGGAAUCCCUUGGCUUUUAACUGUUGCAGCAGGUACAAUUGACCGUACUUUUGGUAGUUUGGUACUUGGAAAUGGCGAAAUUAUUGUUGGUUGGACUUUGUUUCCUGCUACUAAUGCUAUAGUUCAAAAUCUUCAACUUGUUUACAACAAAACUCUAUCACCAUGCAACUCAUUUAAUCUUUUAAGCGAAGCUGCAACACGAGGGAUCAUUAUAUGUGAUUCAUUAGAAUCAGUCUCAGUUAUUCACCAAAUCAAUGUUGUUACUUCCGCAAGUGUUGUUGGCGCUGUGUUUAUCUCAGAAGAUCCAAUACUUAUUGAAACUGGAAGAGUUUUCUCACCAAGUAUUGUAAUUAGUCCAAAACACAAAAAAUCACUUAUCCACUACAUAAAAAGUGUUGAAUUUCCAAUUGCUAGCAUCAAUUUUCAACAAACAUUUGUUGGAAUCAAACCAGCACCUUCGGCUGCAUAUUACACUUCAAGAGGUCCUUCCAAAAGUUAUCCAAAAAUCUUAAAGCCUGAUGUAAUGGCACCAGGCUCUAAUGUUCUAGCGGCUUAUGUUCCAACUCUAUCGUCAGCUAGAAUUGGAACAAACAUUUAUUUAUCAAAUGGUUACAAUAUUUUAUCAGGAACAUCAAUGUCAUGUCCACACGCGUCAGGUGUUGCCGCUUUGUUGAAAGCGGCACAUCCUGAAUGGAGUGCAGCUGCUAUAAGAUCAGCAAUAAUUACCACUGCUAAUCCAAAUGAUAAUACAAAUAAUCCAAUUAUGGAUAAUGGUAAUUUAUCACAAUUUGCUUCACCACUUGCUAUGGGAGCUGGUGAGAUUGAUCCUAAUAAAGCAUUGGAUCCUGGUUUCAUAUAUGAUGCUACACCACAAGAUUAUGUUAAUCUCCUUUGUGAUUUUGGUUAUACACAUAAACAAAUCUUGACUAUUACUAGAUCAAAGGUUUAUAAUUGUGAUAACCCUUCAUCUGAUCUUAAUUAUCCUUCUUUUAUUGUUUUGUAUGGUAACAAAAAAAGAACAAUGGUGCAAAAGUUUUUGAGGAGUGUGACUAAUGUUGGAGAUGGUGCUGCUAGUUAUAAAGUCAAGGUGACAAAACCAAAAGGGUGUGUUGUUACUGUGUUACCUGAGAAAUUAACAUUUAAUUAUAAGAAUGAGAAGUUGAGUUAUACUGUUGAAAUAAAGUAUAAACGGAAUAAGAAGGAAUUAAAUGUGUCAUUUGGGGACAUUGUUUGGAUUGAAGAGGGUGGUGCACGUACUGUUAGGAGUCCUAUUGUUGUGGCAUCAAAUGAUAUUGUUUGACUGUUGAAGUUUGAGGUUUCUUCUUUUCACCAUCACUAUUCACUUGUUCCCCUUCUUUUUAGACUGAAAAAAUAACUAUUAUCUCCCUCCCUUAAUAAUUGAUUUACUUUCAAAGAAAAAUUGUCAUAAAAUAAUUGACAAU